AUGGCGGACCGAGGCAGGGUCGGCUCCCUGCAGGUGGGGAGCAAGCGGUGUGCCCAGAAGGUGAUGCGGAGGAACCACGACCUGCACCGCGCCGCAGUUGAGGGCAUCAAGCCGGCUAUCGACAGGGCCCCUCCAGUGGCGCAUCAGCUUGAGCAUUUGCGCCACAACCUGAAGAAGGAACGCCUGCUGGAGGAUCGGUACAUGGAGAUAGACAGGGAGAACAAGGUGCUGCUUGGCAAGAUGUCGGAGAUCAUGCGGCAGCCCAGCGUCUUUGCCAAUGCGCCCCGCUCGGAGAAGCUGUCGGCGAAGAGCUCCUCGGGACCUGUGACGCUGAACAGGAACGGCCGCAAGCAGGAGCUGACCCGAAUCACCCUCGAGAACCAGAGGUUGCUGAAGGCCAUCCAGAAGGCGCAGCCCGUGUACAGCGCCAAGAAGUGGGAGUCGGAUCACCAGAAAAGCGAGGCGCUGCUCCGGAACUGCUCCUCCUACCCAGUCAUCACCCGGCUUCCUCGCGUGAGGAGCGAGGCCAGCGUCCUCAGGCAGAUACCGCCUUGUGCGGAGGACGGUGCCGGUGGUGCAGGGCCAUCGUCUCCCUCAGGCAGCGGGCAGGACCCGAAGUUUGUCCUGAAGGAGGGCAAGACCAUCGGCCAGGUCUACUAUUUGAUCGAGAUGGCCACGGAUGGCCGCGUCUUGAACGUGUCGGCGUUCAACGGGGAGACCCAGUCCUCGCUGGAGCUGGUGGUGAGCGAGAAGAAGCACCGGCGCUUGUACCGAGAGACCGACGGCGACUAUUCCAAGAUUGCGGAGAGAUUGCGCAUAGAGAAUGACCGCCUGAUGCUGGACUCGCCUGAGGCGGACGGAGCGUGA